AUGAGGACGCAGGACGUUCGAACGCUCGCUCUGAUUCUCUGCGUGCUUGUUUACCUGUUUGUGGGAGCUGCGGUUUUUGACGUGCUGGAAUCGGACAGCGAGAGCUUCAGGAACAAAGUCCUCGAGGAGAAAAUCGUAGAAAUGAAACGGAAGUUCGGCUUCGCGGAUGAGGAUUAUAACGAAAUCGAGAGCGCGGUGCUCCUGUCCAAACCUCACCGCGCCGGACGGCAGUGGACGUUUGCGGGAUCUCUCUACUUUGCUAUUACAGUCAUCACGACUAUAGGAUAUGGCCAUUGCACACCCCGCACAGAUUCUGGUAAAGUGUUCUGCAUGUGCUACGCUGUCCUGGGCAUUCCCCUGACGCUCGUCAUGUUCCAGAGCGUGGGUGAGCGCAUGAACACACUGGCACGCUACCUGAUGCGCGGGAGCUGUAGGUGUGUGGAUCUGCGUGGCACGGGCGUGUCCGUGGGCAGCAUGGUGUCGGUGGGCUUUCUGACCUGCUUGAGUACUCUGUGCAUGGGGGCGGUGGUCUUCUCCUACUUCGAGGGCUGGGGUUACUUCCAUGCCUGCUACUUCUGUUUCGUCACGCUCACCACCAUCGGCUUCGGGGACUUCGUUGCCCUCCAGAAUAAAGGAGACUUGGAGAGGAAGGCUCUGUACGUGGCCUUCACGUUCGUGUACGUUCUCGUUGGCCUAAGUGUGAUUGGCGCGUUCCUUAAUCUCGUGGUGCUGCGCUUCCUUACCGGAAACUCUGACGAGGAGGGCGGCAGAAGGAGGGUGAGCCGGGCGGAGCUCGGAGCACGGCCCCGCGGAAGAGGCUGGGGAAGGGGAGAGCAUUUGGCGUCCGUCCAGUCUGCUGCACAGAACGGACACGGCAGCCAAAGCAGCCUCUCCAUGCCUGUGGCUGGGGGGAGCAGCUGCACCAACCUUAUUACUCCUCUAUGCAUUCAGGGCCCAGGCUCCAAAAGGAGAGCCAAGCCCCACUUACCACCUGGAUCUCAUCUCUGCUCUCUCCGGCCGUGGAUGUGCUAUGGGCCGCCUGCCUGCGACAGCCUGAGUCUGGCCUCCUCGCAGUCCGAGUUCCCGGGAUGUCACUCAAACCCUGUCUUUUACAGCUCUGUUUCUUACAGGGUGGAGGGGACAUCGUACUGUGGGUCUGGAUGCAGCUCAGCUCUGGGCUCUCCUACUGGCCUUCUGAUCCCGGAUCAGUAUAGCUCCUGUAGGAGGAGGAAAUCUUUGUAAACAGCUGCUAUGAAUGAUGGUAUGUGAAUGACUAUUUUUGUAGCGGAUUUUGAAAGUAGAUUUUGUGAAGAGGAAAGCGGCACCAAGCUUAGAAAGUUGGCUAAUCUCAACCUAAGCUUUCAGGUUCACUUUUUGUUUUCAUUUGCUUGUCAUUGUUUUUGACUCAUGUGUGCCACAUAUGAAUUUGUAAAAAGAAUAUCUUGGUAUAGCCUAUUUAUAUUCGGUGAUGUAGCAAAAAAGUUGUGUGUAGGCUGUUCUAGCACUUUUGUGUAUUAAUGUUAGCAAAUUCCAUUUUGUCUCACUUGUCUCCAAAGC